AUGUCGGUAUCCGCAAUACCUCCGAGCGGCGUCACAUUGCAUGGCAUCCAACAUGGAGACGCGUCCACCAAGCAACGUCCGACGCCGGCAGUGCUGUUCAAGCUCAGCGAGGAGCUUCUCGAGGACGUGAAGAAGGCGUCGAAUAAUGCCGGUGGCCUGCAGUUUGUCACUGGCACGACUCCAAAAAUACGACUCGGAAAGCGUACGAUAGACCUGACUAUCUCCCCCGAAGCCUUCGAGCACGAAUUGUUCGCCGCUACCGCCGCAUCCCUCACCGAUCUCAAAUUCGCCGGCGUCGUAGGCCAUCGAGCUCAGCUGAAGGAACCCGAAAGGAAGCAGAGUCUGGGCAGCGAUGCAGCAUUGGCCGCUCUACAGAACAGUCUUGCGUCUUACCACCAGGAGAAAGCAGCAAAGUCGGUGGUGGUGACGAACUCCGUCAUUGGAACGCCCAAGAAUCGAUUCGAGGCCAAUCGAGAACAGAAAUAUGCCCAUCGACGUGGUCUGUCGGGCUCUCAGCAUGCCAGCCCAUCCCUCAGCGCGUCCGGUACGCCGCGGAUUGGAACUGCGCCCACCUCGGCGCCAUCUAACGAGUCCUCGUUGCGCCUCAAGGCGAUGCGGAAGCCGCUCAUACAUCUGCUUGCGAUCGAACCACUGACUGUGGAUGAGAUCGCGCGGAAGACGCGCAUCCCGAAACCAGAACUCGAAGACAUCCUCUCCAAGAUAGGGAAGGCAGACGGAAAGAAGAUGGGCCUGACAGACAGAGCAUUUAAAGAGUUAGACGUUUGGAAUUUCGCAUACAGCACGAAGGAAGAGCGACAAGCCGCUAUUGAUAACGCAGUAAGAGCAUAUGAUAGACAGAGAAUUGGAAAAGAAGAGGAACUGUGGCAGAAGCUACUGCCGGAGGAGAGGAGGAACAAGGGGGAGUACUUGUCCAAGUUGCAUAUCGGUGGUCCAACGCCGAACAUGGGAGCAAGUCCACUGCCGCACAGCGGUGCCGCUGGUGGCGAUCUCGAGGACAAGCAGGUGGGAAGUGCUGCAGGAACUCCCAAGGUUGGCGCUGUGAAGAGUGAUCUGAUGAAGAAGUUGGCCAAGAACCCGAAACAGCGAGCGCUCGAGGAGGCCAAGGAGAAGAAGAGAAAGGAGCGAGAAGCGGCGAAAGUGGACAGCGAUCGUGAAGGGAAGCCGGCCAAGAAGCCACGCAUAACAGCAGCAAAGGCAAAUCCCAAAGUGAAGUCUGCCGAACUGGUACAAAGCUCGAGCGAGGACGAACCCAGCAGCAGCCAGCCGAGACCAGCGCCUGCCAAACGAGAGCAACCGACAAACGCUGCCGCCAAGGCGAAACCAAAACCUGUGGCUUCCGCAUCGGCAAGCAGCAGCGAUGCUCCUGACAAACGCAAUCCCGCGAAACCGGCAGCUGCGGCCAAAUCGAAGGUCGGGACUGCGUCUGCACGAGCAACGCCGACCACGACCGCGACUGCAAAGGCGAAGGGCUCGAGUUUGGGCAAGAGCACGCCGAAUGGAUUACAUGCUCCCGCCUCGCAGAAAACCCAACUCAGUCCCAACAAGCCUCAUCACCGCCCUACUGCCCCAUCGCCUCUAGGUGCCGCACGUCCGCGCGUGGCUUCUGAUGUCUCGGAUCGUACAGCUCUAGGCGUGCAACGACCCAGACCCGGCGCCGAGACACCCAAAGGACUUGGCAUAUCCAAUCUCAAUGGGAUUCGAAAGCGAAACGACACUGUCACGAGCAACAGUACGGACUCAUCCAGCAGCAGUAGCCUCAGGAUGAACGGUGGGCCUGUAGGCAACGAGAAGUCACGCAAAUCGCUUCCCAAUGGUGCGGGUACGCCGAGAGAAUCAUCUGCAUUGACGAAUGGCGCAAAGCGGAAGACCGAUACAGCAACCAAGCGCAAGGCAGUGGACUCACCUCAGGAUGGGAACCGGAUCAAGCAUCGGAAAACCGAUUCCAGUUCUUCGCAUUCUCAGAACUCCAUCAGUGCGGGAAGCAGCAAUUCGGACCACGAUCACGGAUCAUACUCUCCCGGUCGGGGAAGAGACAACAGCAUUCGGAUGAGCUUCACACAAGGCGUGAAUCUUGCCGAGAAGUUCAGAGAGGAGUUAUACCCCGCGUACGCGAAACUGUACGAUGAGUUGGAGGCGAUUGAGAAACGUGGAGAUGUGAUUCCGGCCAAGGACAAGGAACGAUUGUGGAAAAUGCAUCGGCGGUUGGAGCAAGUGAAACGGGAAAUGCGAGAGGCCAGCGCCAGGGAACACGAAGAUGAUUGA